GGGGUCGGGAACCAGCCAGACUUAAAAAAAAAAAAAGAUGACCUACUAACCCCGGCUGGUAAGAAUUGUAAACAAACAUGGCGCUGUCCAGCAAGCAGAUGGAGCAGUUUGAGAGAGAUGGUUACUUGUUGGUGGAGGAUUUCAUAACUCCAGAGGAAUGUGACAGUCUGCUGACUGCCUGCCACAAUGUUGUGGACGGUAUGAAGCCAGAGGAACAUAACACCGUAUUCACCACUCUGGAGAUGAAACGGACCUCUGAUGAUUAUUUUAUGACCAGUGGAGACAAAAUCAGGUUCUUCUUUGAGGAUGGAGCUAAGGACAAAGAUGGUAAUCUGCUUGUGGAUAAACACAAAUCAUUGAAUAAAAUAGGACAUGCUCUCCACAUUCUCCAUCCAGCUUUCCGUAAAAUCACCUUUGACAACAGGGUCAAGGAUGUUGCAAAGAGUCUUAAGUUGGAAGAUCCUGUCAUUUGUCAGAGCAUGUACAUUUUCAAGCAACCAGGAAUUGGGGGAGAGGUGGUUCCCCAUCAAGAUGCCACUUUCCUGCUGACCACCCCAAUGAGACUGUAUGGAGUUUGGAUUGCCUUGGAAGAUGCCACAUUGGAAAACGGUUGUCUCUGGUUCAUGCCUGGCUCACACAAAGAUGGUCUUAAUGGUGGCAGACAGAUGAUACGGAAUCCUGAUAAAGGUGAAGGUCAGCCCCAGACAGUGUUUACAGCGCCACCUGUCAAGUAUGACGACAGCAAAUUUAUCCCAGUACCAGUUAAGAAAGGUAGUAUGGUGAUUAUCCAUGGAGAAGUUGUUCACAAGAGUGAACCUAACAAGUCAGAUAAAUCCCGACAGAUCUACACGUUCCACAUGUUUGACCAGAAAAACACAACGUACAGCAAUCAGAACUGGUUACAGCCUACCAAUGAGGUGCCAUUCACACCAUUAUAUCCUACACCACCAGCCUAGAGGUGCUACCUAAUCACCACCACCACUGGUACCACCUAGUGAUUUACUGGCAGUGUCCCAAUCAGCCAAAAGGCACUCCACAAGAGAGAAUAAACAAACACUAUAUCUAUAUAUCUAUAUUUAACACUCUGAUUUUUUGGAAUUCUAUACAUUGAUUCUGGCCUAUGUGCAAUUAUAUCCAAGUAGUUUUUACCAGUAAAACUGAUAGCAUA